AUGCAAGUGUCUAAAUUGAGACCACUUUGUCAGAUUACUACACUAAGCAAUGUUAUAACCAGAACAGUAACCGCAGGUACGUCAAAUGUGAUUGACACACAACUGAAAUCAUGGAGGGCGAUUCCAGGACCCUCUUUAUGGGACGUUAUAAAGGAAGCGAUGCCUGGAUCUGGAGAAAAGAUAUUAGAUUUCACUGAUGGGCUAAAGAUGGGGUUAAAUUUAUAUAACUCUUAUGGACCGCUUGUGAAAAUAGACGCAUUUCUAGGAAGACCAGUAAUUAUACUUUUGUAUGAUCCAGAAUGUUGUGCGCAGAUAUUACGCUCGGAAAAUUGGUUACCUAUUCGAACCGGUUUCGAAUCAUUUAAUUAUUAUAGAAGAUAUAAACGCAAUAAAAACAAUGAAAACAAAAGUAAUCCUAACAUAUAUGGUCUAUUGACAGAUCAUGGUGAAACCUGGAAGCAAUUUCGGUCUACCGUGAACCCAGUACUGUUGCAGCCAAAAACAAUUAAACUUUACACCGCUAUGAUAGAUGAAGUUGCACAAGAUAUGGUCGCCAGAUUAAAAUCUCUUCGUGGAGAAAACAAUGCGAUCCAGAGUGAUUUCGCUAUGGAAAUGAACCUAUGGUCACUGGAGUCAAUAGCCCUAGUCGCUCUAGGGCGACGGCUUAGAUGUUUCGACUCACACCUAUCACCCAACUCACCUGAGAAGAAGCUCAUCCGUUUAGUUCAUGAUAUUUUUAAGACGGCAAACGAUUUAGACUUCAAUAUAAGCUUGUGGAGAUACUUUCCAACACCAGCAUAUUUAAGAGCCAUGAAAUUAUAUGAAGAACAAGAAAAUUUAGCGAGAUAUUUUAUUGAUAAAACGAUUGAAGAAUUUGCGAAACAAGGAAAGACUAAAUUGGAUGGCGAGAAAAGCGUUUUAGAGAAAUUAUUGGAAAUAAAUAAAGACGUUGCUGUCAUAAUGGCAACCGACAUGUUACUCGCUGGUGUUGAUACGACGUCUAACACAAUGACGGCAACUCUUUUUUUGCUGGCAACUAAUCAAGAAAAACAGGACAAACUUAGAGAAGAAAUACGAGCUAUAAAAGAUCCAAGCCAGAAACGGUACUACUUGAGAGCAUGUAUUAAAGAAUCUAUGAGAAUGAUGCCUGUGGUAUCUGGGAAUUUAAGAGAAACUACGAAGGAAUAUAAUGUACUUGGUUACACCAUACCCGCAGGGAUGGGUGUGUCAUUUAUGCACCAAGCUAUGUCGAUGAUGGACGAGCACUAUCCACGAGCGACAGAAUAUUUGCCAGAACGGUGGCUGGUUAAGAAAGGAGAUCCUCUGUAUCAUGGAAAUGCUCAUCCGUUCGUAAACCAACCAUUCGGAUUUGGAGUCAGAAGCUGUAUAGGGCGGCGUAUUGCUGAGCUAGAAAUGGAUACCUUCCUCGGCAGACUCAUAGAGAACUUCAAAGUGGAGUGGUUUGGACCACCUCUACAGUCCAGGUCGGCUUCAUUAAACUACAUGAUCGGACCGUAUAAUUUCAUAUUCAAAGAUGCUUAA